AUGACUAUUUGUAUGUUAAACGAAGUUGCCGUUCCGAAAUCAUAUAAUAACACAUUUGAUGUAACUUCUAUGGCAUGCUCAAAGAUAUUUUUAGGAAAUUUACCAGAGUUAAUAAAUGGAAUUAUUCAAUAUUUCCAUCAUGAUUAUAAAACACUACAUUCGUGUAUAUUAAUUAAUAGAUUAUGGUGUCAUUUAGCAAUUCCAUUAUUAUGGGAAAAUCCAUUUUCAAUUGAAUGUCCUAAAAAUUAUCACUUUAUUGAAAUUUAUUUACAUAAUUUGAAUGAUGGUGAUAAAACAAAAUUAAAUAAAUAUGGAAUUAAUAAUGAUUUAAUUCCUUCAAAUACAUUAUUCAAUUAUUCUAGUUUUAUUCAACAUUUGAAUACACGUAAAAUUAUUAAUUCUAUUAAAAAUUGGGAAAAUGCUGUUAGUAGAACUUCAACAACUAAAGUACAAAACCUUAAAUUUAUUAAUAGUAGUAUUCCUUUAUAUCGCACAUUAUUAUUAUUAAAAAAUUCCAAUUGUUCAAAUACAUUAAACACAAUUAUAUUUUAUUACACUGAUUUUAAAAAUAUCAUAAUUGGUUUAAAUGAAGUAUUCAAUCAAUUGAAUGUUUUAGAAUCAAUUCAUAUUGUUUUUUGCCAAUCUCUAGAUACUAAAUUUAUUCCACAAAUUAUUAAUAUUAUUAAACCAUUUAAAUUAAAAUCUUUAAUUUUGAAUGAAAUAUUACAAAUUGAAUCAUUAUUACUACUAAUACAAAAAUUUGGUAAUAAUAUGGAAAAUUUUGGAUUUGAAGAAAUAAAUGAAUCACCACAAUUACUUCAAUUACUUGAAUCAGUUAUAAUAUAUUGUUGUAAAAUUAAAAUUUUAUAUUUACUUGAUGGGCUAAAUAAUCAGAAUAUUAAUUUAGUAUUCAAUUUAAUUGAAAAUGUUAAACAGAAUCUUAAUUACCUUUUCAUUGAUACUUAUCAUGAUAAUCAUUUGAGUUUAAUUAUAUUACAAAAUUUAGGACAAAUUCUUCGAACAUUUGAAAUUGAUUCUUGUGAAUAUAUUUUAAAAAAGAAAAUAAUUAAAUAUUUGGCUAUUAUAGAAACUUGUCCUAAUUACAGUGAUGUAACUUGCAAUGAUUUAUUUUUUCUAGAAGAUAAAGUACAUCAAGUUAAAUUAUAUGAUAUUCAAGUUUUAAAUUAUUAUAGUUUAUAUAUUGAUAUGGGGGAUAUUAUUUAUGAUAACAAAUAUUUUUAA